AUGGUCUCUGCAAAGCUCCUCGGCCUCCUGGCCGCCUCUGCAGCCGUCCUCGCUCACCCGACGGACCGGCCGCUCUGUGCCGACGGCCAGACCCCGGAUACCACCGACGGGUUUCCGGCAUGUGUCCCACAGCCCGACGCCAUCAACAGCGUGCAGGGACACCAUCUCCCUGUUGAGAUGGCCGAUGACCUCGUCCGGCGUCAGGGACGACGCCCGCCGGCUAAGCUCAACCCUCGCGACCCUCCCGCAGGAGGCGAUGAAGCGCCCGAGUUAAUCAAUCAAAUGAAGAAGUUGUUGGGCAAGAUCGAAGAAGAGGAAUGGGAUACAAUUGUCUUGAGGGGGAGACUUGACCAAACUCCGCAACCCGCUUCAGUCUUGCAAAAAUUCGUCGACAAAUUUGCAUCCGACGAAAAGUAUCACGAUCUGGAAAGAGCGAUGAAGUCGAUAGCGGGUGCCUCAUUCAUGGACCGCCUUGCUUUUGAUAUCAGGAAAAACUUUGCCGCUGCAGACUCCGAACUCAACAAUCUCUUGGCGAUAUCAAACAAGUUGUUGAACACGCCUGUGGGCGAUGACGUGAAACAAGAAAACAAGGAACUAGCGGAUGCAGCGGCGGAUAAGUUGGACAACAUCGACAAGGCGGCAGAGGACGCAGACUCCAAGGUCGAACAAUAUCACGGAGACGCUAUCGCCCGCAUCAAGGAUGUUUUGCUGGAUCCUUUGCUCCCUAUAAAACUGACUUUUGCGGGUCCCAGAGCAACAGUCACGCCAAAUAACGUUGAGCUAUACAGGCUCGCCAGGUCCGAGGCUUGGUACCGGUUCUACGCGGAGGUGUUCGCCGAGUACAUUGCCAGGGAGGCCGACAAAUAUUGCGACGAAGCAACCACAGCUGGUACCAACAGCAUCGACGAAUUCAACGCAUUGUAUACGAAAGUAUUCGAGACGGCACACGCUUAUGCCGCAGCGGCCGACAACACUCGUGUGGAAUUGAAAGAGGAAGUGGGAAAAUUCGACGGGGACCGUAGCCCGUUGACCGAGUACGUUGGAAAGUUGUUGUCCAGCUUGCCCGAGGUUCCUGAGUCGGUUACGAACAUGAAGGCUGCCAAGGAGAGGGCAAACAAGUGCCAUGAUCAGACAACUUCUACGAGCACGACUACCGCUGCAACUAGCACCGAGACUGAGGAUGCCGUCAAGACCACGUCGACCGAGACUAAGGAUGCUACCUCACAUGAGACUACGAAGACCACGGAGGCUGGUGACAAGUCAACCACCACCACCACUCAAACUACCACCAUGACUGUCACUUCAGAGAUCGUCUCUGCGAAUGGUACGUCAAGUGCUCCGGCUAUCACGACCACGGCUGGGCCUGAAAGUGUGGAGGACGAAUGUAUCGAAGAGACGACUGCUUCUAGCAUGUCCAUGGGUCACUCCGAGUCCACCCAUGAUGAGCAUACAGCCAGUGCCACCGCCACAGCUACUACUGAGAACGAGGAUGAAUGCGUCGAGGACGAGGUGACCACGACGGCCUCUACCCCGGGUUCGGUAACUGCCACGUCCCAAGCCUCCAAGCCGACAAACACCAAGGCCGGUGUCCCGGCCGGGGUUGACGCUGACGAGGACCACGUCGAGAAGGAUGAGACGGCCACGACUACUUUGACUGCCACUGGCGAGGCCGCUAAGGCGUCGAGCACCAAGGCCGCUGUCCCUGCCGGGGAUGAUGCUGACGAGGACUGCGUCGAAGAGGAUGACGCGGCCACAUCUACUGCAACCGCCACUGGCGAGGCCGCUAAGCCGUCAAGCACCAAGGCCGCUGUUCCAGCCGCGGAUGACGAUGACGAUGACGAGGAUUGCAUCGAGGAGGACGAUGAGUCCAUCUCCAUGUCUCUGAACCACUCUGAAUCCACCGAUAUUGAACAUACAGAGCAUCACAGCGUCACCUCUAUCGAGGAGGAGGAGGAGGAUUGCGACGAGGAAGAGGAAGAGGAGGCGAUCACGACUACUGCAACCGCCACUGGCGAGGCCGCUAAGCCGACUAACACCAAGGCUGCUGUUCCAACUGAGGAUGACGAUGAGGAUGACGAUGAGGACUGCAUCGAUGAGGACGAUCUGGAACAUGGCUUCAGCUACUACGAGUCCAGCUCCAUCACCAACGUGACAAAUGUCAACAUCACCAACAUCACCAACAUGAUCACUCUCAUUUGCGAGUCGACAGCCCCUGGAUCGCGUUGCAUCCGCCGACCCGACGAUGAGAAGCGACCGGAAGAGGGUACUCUCCCCAAGACCAGCACCGGAAUCGAGCGUCCCGCGACCCCCACGUCCACCACCUCCACCAAGACUGUGGACGCCGGCCUCGAGGCAACUGGUGUGGUGAUCAUGUGCAGCUCGGUGACCACCGAGUCUGUCUGUGUCUGCCAGCAAGAGACUAGCGUGUCGACUUCGACGUCUGUCAAUAUCUCUACGACCCAGAUCAAUGUCGUGCUCGACUGCGCCGCCGGCUCAGACUGCACAGUCAACAAGACGUUUGAGAGCCCUAUCCCUGAGGAAGGCAAGCCCGGCAACGCUGUUACCCCCCCUGCUCUUCCCGCCUCGAGCGAGCACGGCAAGGUCGUUGUCCCUACUGCUACCUCUGUUGAGCAUGGUCCGACCUCCACCUCUGGAGCUGGUCAGCAGCAGCCGACCAAGGGCCCCGCGGGAGAGCCCAGCCCUGCUUCCGUACCGAAGACUGGCGACUCUGGGUCUAGCCCUCAGGCUCCCUCCAACAAGGAGGCUGAUGAUGCUGAUGUGCCGAGCGACGAGGGCCGUCCGGGUUCCCCGUCUGGCAAUGGAGGCGCUCGUCCUGGCCCCGUCACCCCGGGUACCAAUGCUACCACUCCCGCGUCUGCAGGAUCUUCUCCCGUCAAGCCAGACGCGGGAAGCAGCCGUCCGGCCCACGACGACGAGACGCCCCGGCCGGGCAAUGCUCCGGCUUCCGGGGAUGCCUCGGCCCCGUCUGGAGGUGACAGUGGCUCCCGUCCCAGCGGCGACAACGCCGCUGGCCAGGGCCCGACAAAGCCCCUCACCCCUCCUGCUCCGAUGGACAAGACUGCACCAGUCUCCCCAGCGGGCGAGCCCGGUUCUGAUGCACCUGGUUCAUCCCCUGCGACGCCCCCCGUCAUCGUGAGCGGUGCGUCGCACGCCAGGCCCUUCCUGUCCACACUUGCUGCCGCCAUUUUGGCCUUUAUGCUGUCCUGA